CAGUCAGUCAGUUGAAUGCCGUUGGCGGACUUGGACGCGAGUCGAGCAAGCGCGUUCCCAUCGUUUUUUGUUUCCACUGCACGUUCUCACUGUUUAACUGAAAUUUUAGUGUUGUCGUUUCUCUGUUAAAUGUUUAUGACUGUCGCGUAACGGAUAUAAAGUGAUAACAACCCAACAGCGAGAUGACGGAAAAUGAAAAUGAUAUCAAGCCCGCUGAGGCAGGCGCUGUCGAGAAUACAUCCUUCACAGCGGAGUCGAAAGCCGAAUCAGUCCAAGAGUCUCCAGCCCCCACUGCUGCGGCAAGCGUAGAGCCAGCGAGCAAUGGCAAGUCUCUGGCAGAGCUAGACCGGAAGACGAAUGCCAUCGAACCAGAGCCCAGCAAUAACUUCAAAACUGUUGCCGAGGCGGAGGGCCAGCAGAAGAAAUUACCCUAUCCCAAGGCCGUAUUCUUUAUCAUCAGCAAUGAGUUCUGCGAGCGCUUCAACUAUUAUGGCAUGCGCACUGUCCUGGUCCUCUAUUUGAGUAGACAGCUGGGCUACUCAGACGACACGGCGACUGUGGUGUUCCACGUGUUCACAAUGUUCGUCUACUUCCUGUGCAUAUUCGGUGCUAUCAUUUCGGACUCAUGGCUAGGCAAAUUCAAGACAAUUUUGUACCUGUCGCUGGUUUAUAUUUGUGGAUCGGUGCUGUUGACCCUGGGCGCCAUUGGACCUUUGAGCCUGCCGGUGGAAACGUUUACGAUAUUGGGCCUAGCCCUGAUAGCGCUUGGAUCGGGGGGCAUAAAGCCGUGUGUCUCGGCCUUUGGCGGCGAUCAGUUCAAGGUGCCGGAGCAACUGAAGCAAAUCACUUCGUUCUUCUCGCUCUUCUACUUCUCCAUCAAUGCGGGCUCGCUCAUCUCGACGACCGUCACGCCCAUAUUGCGAGAGGAUGUGCACUGUUUCGAUGACAUCAAUUGCUAUCCAUUGGCCUUCGGAGUGCCCGCCAUCCUAAUGAUCAUAUCGGUGGUCGUCUUUGUCCUCGGCCGUCCACUCUACAAGAUUAAGCCGCCAGCUGGCAAUAUGGUGGUUCUGGUGAGCAGCACGAUCUGGACAGCAAUCACAACGAAGUGCAAGGAGAAGAAGACAAAUCCGCGCGAGCAUUGGCUGGAUUAUGCGGACAAGAAGUACGAUCGCAGAAUGAUCGAGGACGUCAAGGUGCUCAUGCGUGUGCUCUUCCUCUAUCUGCCGCUGCCUGUCUUCUGGGCACUGUUCGAUCAGCAGGGCUCGCGCUGGACCUUCCAGGCGACGCGCAUGGAUGGCGACAUGGGCUCCUGGGACUUGAAGCCGGAUCAAUUGCAAGUGCUCAACCCGUUGCUCAUCCUUAUCUUCAUUCCCCUAUACGAUGUCGCCUUCUACCCGGCCUUGCGUCUGAUUGGCAUACGUCGUCCAUUGCAAAAGCUUACCAUGGGCGGAAUCCUAGCUGGCAUUGCCUUUAUCAUUUCUGGCAUUGUCGAGCUCAAUCUGGAGAAAACCUAUCCCCAAUUACCUUACGGCCAGAAUGUGCAGCUGCGCAUCUUCAAUCCAGAGAGCUGCGCUUACACAUUCAAAACGAACCUUGAUUCCCUGGACUCCUGGAAGUUGGAGCCAUAUAGCAUGCAGGUGGAGAAGCACAUCUAUGUGAAAGACAAAGUUGAGCUAAAAUAUGAGAUCAUCGGCACGGAUCCCGCUUGUCCAGAGUACAAGGCUGGCACGCAGGUGCUCACGGAAAACGCUGCCUGGUCGCUGUUCCUCAAUGCGCGCAAUGAGACGGUACCCGGCUCAGACUCUUUCUGGCUGAAGGAUUACGUCAACAAGCCCUCGGACAGCUACCCCCUGGUCCGUACUCUCGCCAAGGUGCAACAGCAGCGACGCAUCGUGUGGAAGAGCAACAAGGAGCAGUACGAGUACAAUGCGAAUGAGACGAACCUGGUGCGAGUCGCCUCUGGCGACUACGCCGUCUCCAUUGACAACAAGCUAGUCGGCCAGUUCAGCGUCCACACAGGCGGCGUUUACACUCUGCUCAUCAAUGAAGUCAAUGACGACUAUGCCCACAGGCUGGUUGAGGUCACGGAGCCCAACUCAAUGAACAUACUCUGGCUGAUACCGCAAUACGUGGUCAUGACCCUGGGCGAGGUCAUGUUCUCUGUGACAGGGCUGGAGUUCUCCUAUGCCCAGGCGCCGCCCAGCAUGAAGUCUGUGCUGCAGGCCUGCUGGCUGCUGACCGUGGCCUUCGGCAACGUCAUCGUCGUGAUCAUCGCCGAGGCGGCGCUCUUUGAAUCGCAGGCCAGCGAGUUCUUCCUGUUCGCCGGUCUCAUGUUCGCCGACAUGCUGCUCUUCAUGUUCAUGGCCUACAACUACAAGCCAAAUGAUCCUAACAAGAGCGAGGAGGUCGAGCCCUUGACCAACGGCGAGGGUCGCGAUAUACCACCCCUCGACAUGGGCAUCGAUAACAAGGCCCAAAGCAUUAAUGAGUAGAGCCCCCCGCUUCCCUUGUUGUGUAUAAUAGAAAGCUCUACCCUUAAUGCCUCCCCAUCCCCCAUU